AAAAAAGGGAUAGAAUUAACGAGAACUGCGAUAAAGCGGUUAAAAAUAUUAUAUAGCGUUAUAAGUAAAUAUAACGAUAAUAUAGAGCCGAUAUAUAUAUCUAAGUCCGCUUUAAAAAUAGGCUCUAUAAGUAUACGUCUUUUAAAAAGCCCGAGUUCCCUAGGUCUAGAGCUAAGUUAG